AUGUCGUCGCCUUCCCGACAAAUCAAAUGCGUCGUUGUUGGCGAUGGAACGGUCGGAAAGACGUGCAUGCUCAUUUCCUACACAACCGACUCUUUUCCGGUGCAAUAUGUGCCGACAGUGUGAGUAUUGUUAACCUCUCGAGUCAUGGCGCCAAUAUUGACUCAAUUACAGGUUUGACAACUACUCGGCACAGAUGACUCUCGACGGAAACGUUGUCAACCUGGGACUUUGGGACACGGCCGGGCAAGAGGAUUAUGACCGUUUGCGGCCGCUUUCCUACCCCCAAACGGAUGUGUUCAUAUUGUGUUUCUCGGUCGUCUCGCCCGUUUCGUUCGACAAUGUGGCAAGCAAGUGGAUUCCGGAAAUUCGGCAGCAUUGUCCAGAUGCGCCGGUCAUCCUAGUCGGUCCGUAGUAAACUUUGUCUCCCCGACGUUUGCAACUCGACAUUUGGAAUCCGCAAAGUCUCGAUACCCACGUAAACUUUCACAGUGCAAUAUAUUGCUAAGUAGUUCACGAUGAUUGCAAAACGUCUGGGGGGGGGGGGGCUUUCUUCCACUACCCCCCACGCUUAUCUGUUUCUUUUUUGCAGGCACAAAGCUCGAUCUGCGCGAUGAACCCGAACCAUUGAGAGUGCUCCAAUCGGAGGGGAAGGCCCCCAUCUCAAAGACGCAAGGACUCAAAAUGGCGCAGAGAAUCAAAGCUGUCAAGUAUUUGGAAUGCUCGGCGUUGACGCAACAAGGCCUCACGCAGGUGAUUUAUUCGUUCUUAAAAAAUUGAGAACCAGAGGAGCAGAUUGGAAAGAGAAAGAGGGAGAAGGAAUGUGUACAUAUAUCGAAUUUCAAAGCAGGAUGUGACGUCUUAGGUUCAGAAUGAAAAUGACAAUCAAAUCGAAUUAGGAACAAGAAAACCCAAUUGGGUCUUGCCCACUUGUAACUAGUUCCUGUUGCAGGUUUUCGAAGACGCCGUCCGGUCCAUCCUCAAUCCGAAGCCCCAGAAAAAGAAGAAGGCGUGCACCAUCAUGUAA